UGGGAGUGUUGGAACGCAGCCCUUUGGCCGCAGCUGGAAGCGCACCAGAUGUCGCUCUGCAGAAGAGCGCACACGUUUAACGCGUACACACCUCGUCUGCGAUCGGAAGACAUCCGUUGUCGUGGGUAUCUAUCAGGAACAGUAGACAGCCGGGACAAAAGGAAACACACGCACAAAUACACGCACACUGCGGAGGACAGCCGAUCCCACUGUUCCAGGACUAGCGUUCCAGGCCUAGCGCUCAAGGAAUAACGCUAGCGCUCCAGGCUAGUGUUCCAAGACUAGCAUUAGUGCUCCAGGCUAGUGUUCCAGGCCUAGCGUUCCAGGCUAGUGCUCCAGGCUAGCCUCCGCCAUGCCGUUGUUUGGGAAGUCCCACAAGAGCCCGGUGGACAUCGUGAGGACGCUGAAGGAGAACCUUGCCCUGCUGGUGAAGCAGGACAAGAAGUCCGACAAGGCGUCGGAGGAGGUGUCCAAGUGCCUGGUGUCCAUGAAGGAGAUCCUCUACGGCAGCGGGGAGAAGGAGCCGCACACGGAGACGGUGGCGCUGCUGGCCCAGGAGCUGUACAACAGUGGGCUGCUGCUGGCGCUGGUGGAGCACCUGGCGGUGGUGGACUUUGAGGGUAAGAAGGACGUGUGUCAGAUCUUCAACAACGUCCUGCGGCGUCAGAUCGGGACCCGGAGCCCCACGGUGGAGUACCUCUGCUCCCACCAGGGGGUGCUGUUCCUCCUGCUCAAAGGCUAUGAGACCCCCCCCGUGGCCCUGAACUGUGGCAUCAUGCUGAGGGAGUGUAUCCGCCACGAGCCGCUGGCCAAGGUGCUGCUCUACUCGGACCACUUCCCCCGCUUCUUCACCUACGUGGAGAUGAGCACCUUCGACAUCGCCUCCGAUGCCUUCGCCACCUUCAAGGAUCUUCUGACGCGACACAAAGUCCUGGUUGCCGAAUACCUGGAACAGAACUAUGACGCAGUCUUCACAGAAUAUGAGAAGCUGCUUCACUCUGAGAACUACGUCACCAAGAGGCAGUCUCUGAAGCUACUGGGUGAGCUGCUGCUGGACCGACACAACUUCACGGUGAUGACCCGCUACAUCAGCAAACCGGAGAACCUCAAGCUGAUGAUGAACCUGCUCCGGGACAAGAGCCCCAACAUCCAGUUUGAGGCCUUCCACGUCUUUAAGGUGUUUGUGGCCAACCCCAACAAGACGCAGCCCAUCGUGGACAUCCUGCUGAAGAACCAGACCAAGCUGAUCGAGUUCCUCGGCCACUUUCAGAAGGAGCGCAGCGACGACGAGCAGUUCAACGACGAGAAGACCUACCUGGUCAAACAGAUCCGCGACCUCAAGAAGCCAGCCUCGUAGCCCUCUCCUCGCCCUCCUCCUCCUCCUCCCUCUCGUUCUCUUCCUCCUCCCUACUCCUCAUCUUCCUCCCUUUCCGCCAUCUCCUCCUCCCUCUCCUCCUCCUCCCCCCCCCCCCCCCCCAUCACCUGCACAGUAACUUUUAACUUCAAUGACGCCAUCGACUCACUCGCGUUAUUCACCUAGCCGUUCUAAUCAUAGAGAAGACAAAAACAGCUGUAUCGUUCCUUCAGUGGUUCUUUUUAAAAAGGUUUGCAGAAGACGUAGUUCUCAAUCGUUGGUUUCGUUUUUUUCUGUGACUCCUUUUCGUGACAUUGUUUUAGGGUUAGCACGAUAGCAUGUAGUGCCAGAACUCACGCUGAGAGCUGAUUGGCCCACUCACAGAACCAAUGGUCAACACAGGUGGUCAGAGACUGACACUAAUCCAGACCCCAGAAAGAGUUUCAAGAUUCCGAACUUUUUUUUGAGAUCGUGUUUAAGAUCGGUUCUCUAACUGAAAAUAUAAAACUUUGUUUGAUUAACUAGUGUUCAAUUUUUUUUCUUUGAGAGGAUUUCUGUCUUCAGAGCACAACCGAUGACAUUAAAAGUAACGUUUGACCUGUUUCCGCUUAAUGUAGCGGAGCUAGCUAAGCAGAAACUAGCUUAGCAGCGACAUCCGAGACCCAGUGGAAAACGGCCGCUUGUGUAUUUCUUCCUGCCAUUUCUCUUUCCGUACUGUAAUGACUUCCUGUCAUUGUUUAUAUUUCGUAUCAUUCGGUCGCAUUUGGUCAAAGUCCCUCUUGACUCAUUAACCCGACCAAACAGUAGAGAAGGGUGCCUUUUUGGUUUUAUACUUUUUCGUGUCCGAUUGCUCGAUGAUUUAAUCUCACGACGCGCUUGUUUAGAUGAAGUGGUGAACAUCGUCACUCCUUAUAUGGAGUUGUUCGGACGUUUUGUAAAACUGCUUGUUUUUGUUUGUGGGGAGGGGGGGGGCAAGUGUUCUGUCGCUGGUAGCCCGCGGUAGCUAGGUGUUCUCCUUCUGUUUGACGGCACAAUGUGUUCUUUGAAGAGCGGUUCUUUGAAGAGCGGUUCUUUGAAGAGCAGUUCUUUGAAGAUCGGUACUUUAAAGAGUGUUUCUUUGAAGGUCGCUUCUAUAAAGAUUGGCUCUUUGAAGAUUGGUUCUUUAAAGAACAGUUCUUUACUUUACAGACACGCCCCCCACACAGCCCCGUCAGCGGGGGUGGGAGGGGCCUAACCACGCCCUCUUUGGUGGUGGGUUCUCAAGUUGUGUUAAAUACAAACACCGCCUGUGUAAAUUAAAGACCAGGACUUUACGACUACAAAACGUACAAUAAACUGCAAAUUUCAAA